AUGCCUGGGAAAGAUACAUCGUCUUCCUCGGGCAAGAUCUUUGCCAAACCCAGUAAAGAAUGGGUGCUUCCAGAGCGCGCAAAGCCCGGCCGAAAGGCAUCUACCCAAGAGCCAGAGAGUAAGCGGCAGAGUCAGAACCGCAUGAGUCAGCGUGCACACCGCGCCCGCCGCACAGACUACAUACAGACUCUUGAGGAGCGGCUACGACAGUACGAGGCCAACGAAAUCCACUCAAACGUACGCCUGCAAGAGGUCGCGCGCGCUCUCAAGGCCGACAAUGACAAGCUCAGGAGCGAGGUGAGUGCGCUCGGCUCGGCAAUUGCCGCUGCCCGCAAGGAACGCGAAGGGUGGUCUGCCGAACGCCGCGCACUCAACGACACUAUGCGGGCGCUGCGAACGCAGCUCAAUGCCGCGCGUAGGUCCAGUUCCACGGGCCCGUCGCCCCGCCUCGACGACCGCCUCGAGUUCGAACUCGCAGCACUGGCGCGCUCGCCCGCACUUACUCCCGCGCUCUCACCAUUGGCUGCCACCCCGCGACAUGCGGCAACUCCACCCUUCGUCAGCCGCCCGGUCACUCAGCAACCCGACUCCCUUAUGUGCCCCAUCUGCCCCGAUCCGGACCCAGACUGUCCAUGCCAGCGCCCGCCAUCGCCGGUAACAACGCUGCCUGCUCCUGAACCAAUCCCCCUCCAGACUCUUGAUUCCCAGUUGGCCCGCACCCAGCGCGGUACAGAUCUCACCCUUCUCCAAGCAACUACAACGCUUGUCGCAUCGGCCAACUGCGGGAUGUGCGACAUGUCCUCAUUGGAUUGCGUCUGCAACGAACCCGAAAUCGAGGACAUCAAACCCGUUAUUCCCCGCUCGCCCUCGCCCCCGCCCGACACGCUCGCGAUCAUGGACAUGGACUGCGGGCUAUGCACAAGCAGCUCGUUCUGUGCGUGUCGGGCCGGAUUGGCCUUGGUUAACGACACUGUCGCAUCCGCACCCGCUACCGUUCCCGCGCCUCUGGUACAAAUUGCAGCGCCGGCCGUGCCACUGCGUCUCCGCGCCCGGGCCGCUGCCAAGCAGAGCGUGUGGAAGCUCGACAACGUGCCAGCUGGCCAGAGCCGCGCUGAGGCAGUGUGUACCGGCGAUCCGAGUAACUGCGAUGCAUGCAGGAACGACAGGUUUGGCCAGGAGUUCUGCGGACAUCUGUUCGGCGUGAACGACGCGGACAAUGACAAUGACAAGGACAAGGGCGACCAGAAGAAGGGAUGCGCUGGAUGCACGAAAGGCAAGUGCGGCGGUGACAAAGGCCCCUUAACUGCGCGAAGCAUGAGCAUAUCGUCGCUCAUGGAUGGUCCCGUCCCGUCGCCCAGCACAAGCGCGCCGGCGACGCCAGGUCCUGUCGGCGACGCACCGCUGGUGCUCACAUGCUGUGGCGCGCCCGAGCUGUGUGGCCACGCGGCGGGAUGCGACGACUCGAUGCCAGUCGAGGAGGAGACCAAGCCGACGCCGGACGAGACGAUACGGCCCGACCAGGCGUGGAAGCAGCUCAAGGCGCACCCGAACGCGCAGUUUACGCCGCUCGCGGUGCUUGCGGACGUUGUAGCACGGCGAACAAGGUGCGACGGGCCGCGCGUCGAGCUGUCUCCUCCCCCAGAUGAGCGGGGUUUGGCGGAUGCCCGCGCGACUCUGGCAAGCCACGCUAGCAAGCGCCGCUUGGCUGUCGAGACGAGUGCUGUCCGCGACGCGCUCAAAUACCUCGACACGCACCCGCACAGUGCGCCAGGAUCCCCAAUGAGCCCCGCGGCCAAGCGCCGGCGGAUGCUGUAA